UGACGGUAAACGUCAUUCCAUACAGUUGUACCCUCUACUCCAAAAUACACGUACACACAUAGUAGUAUACCGUGGCGGUGUGUUCUUUUCGAUAGUCAUGGGUGUUGUUUUGUUAUAAAAUUCAUUCGAUUUUUUAAUAAUUAUUUGUCAACACACCUCAGUCGAUACUUUCACUUAGUUAUGAAUGGAUGUGCUACCACAACCGAUCAACACUAUAGUAACAAACAGUUCAAUAACAAAAAUUGAUUUGCAAUCAACGUAAAUGAUAAUGACUGCAUUCGAGCAGAUACGCGAACGCUUGGAGAAGUACGGUCAAGUGCAUCUCUUGAAAUACUGGAACGAGAUCAACGAGGAACAACGGAGACAAUUGAAAAGUGACAUAGAGGAAUUGGAUUUGGUGGAAUUGUCUGGUUUUUUCGAACGUGCAACACUCAGCAUUGCGGACGAUGGAGAGAAAUUGUAUAAUCGAUUGCAACCGAUACCAGACUCUCAUGUCUUGUCGGUUUGCCGUACACCCAAAAGUGAUUUACGUACUUUCGAAGAGGAAGGAUUCAAGCAGAUUUCGCUGGGACGAGUGGGUGUUCUGUUGAUGGCUGGCGGCCAAGGUACAAGACUUGGCUCCAAGAAUCCUAAAGGAAUGUUUAACGUUGAACUACGAUCACAAAAGUCACUGUUUAGAAUCCAGGCCGAACGAAUAUUAUCGUUGCAACGUUUGGCAUAUGAGCAUACUGGCAUUGAAGGCAAGAUUACAUGGUACAUUAUGACGAGCGAAGCGACAAUGGAACCGACCAUUCACUAUUUCGAGGAAAACAAUUAUUUCGGAUUGAGGAAAAAGGAUGUGUACAUGUUUGAGCAGGGUAGCCUGCCGUGCUUCGGAUUCGAUGGGAAAAUUCUGUUGGACGAAAAGUGGUCGGUAUCAAAGGCGCCCGAUGGUAAUGGAGGAAUCUACCGAGCGCUUCGUGAUCAGGGCGUAUUAGCAGAUAUGACAAAGCGAGGACUGAUGUAUCUGCAUGCGCAUAGUGUAGACAACAUUCUUAUUAAAGUGGCCGAUCCCGUUUUCAUCGGCUAUUGUGUGAUUGAAAAUGCAGACUGUGCGGCCAAAGUGGUGGAAAAAUCGCAACCGAACGAAGCGGUCGGUGUGAUCUGUGUCGUUGACGGCAAAUGUCAAGUGGUCGAAUACAGCGAAUUAUCGGCCAAGGCAGCCGAAAUGCGAAACUCCGACGGCCGAUUAACAUUCAAUGCGGGCAGCAUUUGCAAUCACUUCUUUACGACCACAUUCCUUCAGAAAAUAGCCGACCGAUACGAAAAGGAGCUUAAAUUGCAUGUGGCCAAAAAGAAAAUUCCAUUCAUCGACAAUUCCGGUGCUCGUAUCACUCCAGACAAACCGAACGGUAUUAAAAUUGAGAAAUUCGUGUUCGAUGUGUUCGAAUAUGCGGAGAAAUUCGUGGCGGUCGAGGUGUCCCGUUCGGAGGAGUUCAGUCCGCUGAAGAAUGUGGACAGUGUGGGAAAGGAAUGUCCCACGACGGCCCGGAAUGAUGUCUUUAAACUGCAUAAGAAAUUCAUCGAAGAUGCUGGCGGUAUAGUGCACGGUGAUGAAUGCGAAAUAUCGCCACUGUUGUCGUAUUUCGGCGAAGGACUAACGCAUAUCUGCAAAGGGAAAUCGUUCACCAGUCCUGUUUAUUUGAAAAGUUCGCUGGAUCCAUUAAAUGGUCACUUGUAGAUAGAUUGUUAGACUCUGAUGUUUUUAAAUUUUUUUAAAUUUUUAGCAAAAAGGAAAUUUAUUUUUUUAUUUUAUUUUUUCGUUUAAUUUUUAUUUUUUUUUAGUUAAAAUGUUUGUGGAAAAACGAUCUCUCUGAUUUUCUAGUUCCGUGUUUAAGUUUGUGGAAUAUGUGCGGCAUUAAGUUUAUAUUCGACAAAAUUGGUACAUGGGUACAAACAUUUGAAGAAAAGAAAAUUUUUAUUUUUUUAUUUUUUAUUAUUUAAAACUGAAAAUACAAUUCCAAUUACGUAGAUCAUAAGUUUGUUAGUUUUGUAAAUAUUUAAAAAGGAAAAUGUGAAAAGUGUUUUGAAAGGAAAGUUCUAAUACUUAUGUCGGUCGUACUUAAAUAAAAAGAAGAAGAAGGAAACAACAAAAAGCGAAACUUUAUGAUAUUAUGAUUAACUGAUGUCUUAAUUUAAUUAACCUUCUUGUAAAGUCUCUGUUGCCUAGCUAUAUAUCUACAUAUAUCUAUCAUACCUUGUAUAAUUCAAUAAAAUUUUAUUUUACUGCAAAACGGAA